UAACGCAUGCACCCAGUUUUGUCACGCUUUGAACGAGGGGAAAGAAAAGUGAGGCUUUAGUAGCUGAGUGAUUGUGUUUUUCAUGCUUUGGAUUUUCUGAUGCCAAUGAACGCCGCUUUACUCUGUCAGUGAUUUGUUUUAUAUAUAUGUACAUAUGUAAAUAUUUCUUCCUGGAAACCUAAUUUCUGAAUGACCGGGGAGAUGUCAGUAAAAACACAUGGACUCGGAGUCUUCUUGGAGUUGAGGAAACGGCUUCAGAGUGGACUUCUUGUUGUCGGGUCAAAUGUGGCCAGAAGUCCUACAGACGUGGUCGUCACAGGCGGAGAUUCCUCUCUCCGUGUCCGGACUCCAAGAGGAGAUCUGACCCUCGCUCUACCAGCGGGGGUCGCCUUUCAGACGGGGUCCUGCAUUCACACACCUGCGGAUGAAUGCAGUGGAGAGGAGUUGCAUUUCAGGCUGCGAAUCUCGAUUGAGCGAAGCAAACAAGAGGAUCCUGCCAGCGUGAUGGACACUCUUCGAGCGAAAGAGACGUACAGCUUCCACUGCCAGGGCUGCACGACCAGACUGCUGGAGGACAGAGUUUUUAAGCGAAUUCUUCCUCUUCCCAAUGGCAACUGGAACGCCAUCGUGGACGACUGGUGUUGCCACCCGGAUCCGUUUGCCAACAAGAAGCUGCUGCCCCGAGCCGAGGAUUGUCUGCUGGGGGACACCUUCGUCCUGUUGGCCCGUGACAGCAACUGCAACCAGACUCUGACAGAGGAAGUGAGUUCUGCCGGUGCCGCUGACAGUCAGGAUACCAAGAAACCUUGUCACCGUUUGGCCCUUAUCUCCUGUGCGAGCUGUUCGUUAGUACUGGGAGAAGCUGUCGCACCAGGGACGUUGAAACUAUACAUCACCCAGGUGGUGGUGCGGCCCGCUGUGGGAGAUGGAAAGCUGGACGCUUCACUGAACAGAUCUGCCUUCUUGGAGAGGACAGUUGCAGCCAGGCUGCUGGAUCUGUCCAACUCACUGAGCUCCUUCCACUUUUCUGUUCAGACGCCUGAUGGGAAAGUCUUCCUACUGCUCUGGGUGCUGAACGGUGACUCCAUCAUAGCCGAGGUCCCAGAGAAGUCCGUCGGGGAGGAGAGCUCCAUCAGCCCCCUUGCUUCUCUCGGUCCAUCACUCAGAGCUACCAGAGCCCUGAAGCUGCUCUAUAUCAGCUGCUCCAACGCCAGAGCCAGUAUCCAGCAGAGAGAGAUAGUGACUAGCUGGGAGGUCAAGUCCAUCGGACACCCUGUGGUCCUGCCGCUGAAGGUGUGUGAGGAGCUGCUGCAGGUGAUGGAUGAAAGCAACUCCACACUUCCUGCCUCCAUGCGCUGCAUGAGGUCCUAUGAGGUUCUACGUGUCCUCGCCCGUCUCGGCCUGUUUCUUCACAUAAAAAGAAAUAUUCUACGUGCUGCUUGCCAAGUUUGGAGUGUUUAGAUAAGAGUUCUGGCACCCAGCAUCAAAGACUCCCUUUACCAGCCUCUUAUCAUUGUCUCAACACCGCCUGCUGUUUUCAGUAAACCUUUUGAAGAGCUUUUGUACGGGUGGGAAAUUAAACUAUCGAUUAAAUCUGUCCUAACAGCUAGGUGUGUUAUUCCCAAUAUUUUACUGAUGUUUAAUAUUUAAGUCUUUUCUGCUCAAAUCAAAGAGCUAAAGCACCCUUAGGCAUAUUAUGCUCCAUUUAGUAGACAGGCCUACUGUCAGAAACCCUGAAUGUGCUCAUAUUUUGUAUUUCACAGUUGUAAAUGUAUCUGAGAAGCCUUUUUUGUGCAGCUUCUCCUAGUACACUCAUUGAUUUACAAGAAAGGGAAAAAAAGACCUGCUGUGAGCAAGACAAUUAGUUUUGUAUCUGUGAUGCUUUAACCAAACUGCUUGUACUAUGAAGUUUACAGUUUGUGUUCAUGACAACGUUCGGUCCAAAUGGGGCCCUCCAUCUUGUUUUCCACAUUACUGGACCAAAUCAGAUGACUUGCUGUGAUGUAGUGAAUUUGCCCUCUCAAGAUGAUAAUUAUAGUUUGACUGUUACUCCGGAUCAUUUUCAGACAUUUCAUUAGAGAGAACAGUUUUAAAACCAGCUACAGUGCCUUGCAAAGUUGUUUAUACGCCUUGACAGUUUAGUGUAUUUUAUUAGGAUUUUAUGUAAUGGACCACUAAGUGAAAACUGUAAUAAAAAUAUUUUUGCUAAUGUUUUUGCCAAAUAAAAUUGGAUGAAUUAU